AUGCAGGACGCUGCUAAUUUGGGAGAUCUCGUCACCCCAGGAAAAUGUUUGGCAGAUUUCUCGCUGGUUCCGAUCGGAGAUGGCUCGACCUCCUAUGCUGCGCAGAUUGCUGCAAUCCAGCGAUUGUGUGAGAAGUCCGGUGUGAAACACACCAUGCAUGCGACAGGUACUACGCUUGAGGGCCCUUGGGAUCAAGUCCACCAGGUCAUUGGCUGUGCUCAUUCUCUGGUCCAUCGACAGGGGACUGGCAGGAUACAGUCCGAUGUCCGAGUUUCGACAAGGACGGAUAAGCCACAGGGAUUGGACACGGAGGUUCAAUCUGUUGAGAAGAUCUUGGCCGCUUAA